AUGGCUAAUGAAUAUAAUAAGAAAGCUUUUGCCAUUUUCAAAGACACUGGAAACAGACACGGGUUGGCCAGCUUUUACUGCAACCAAGGAGAUGUGGAAUUGGCUGUAGGUUCCUCUAACAAGGCAAAAGAAUAUUAUGAAAACACUCUUGUGAUAAGCAAAGAAAUUGCAGAGAGGGAAACAGAAGUAAAUGGUUACUUAUCCCUUGGACGUUUCUUUUUCGUCCAGUCUAAGUACGAUAGAGCAGAAGAAUAUAUCAAGGAGGCACUUAACUUAAGUGAGAAGAUUGGAGACACUGAGGGCCAGUUUCACUCGCUAACAGAGAUAGCAUACAUUAGAAUGAAAGAAGGAAAGAUUCAGGAGGCGAUCUCGUAUUUCCUUUCCGGUAUUGAAAAAUGGGAGGAACUUCGCAGCUCCCUCUGCGACAACGAUCAAUUUAAGAUCUCCUUCUCUGACCGCCAUAUUCUUUCUCAAAGAGAUCUUGGUAUGCUGCUUUGUGAAAUCGGGAAUCCCACUGAAGCUCUGUAUGUUUCAGAGCUUUCGAGGGCCAGGGCUUUGGCAGAUUUAAUGUCAGCUCAGUACUCUCUGGAGAAUAAAAUCUCCAUUAAUCGUCGAACGUGGGCGGGUCUUGAAGGCAUCGUAGCCAAGGAAUGCAACUGCACCUGUCUGUACGUCUCAUAUUUUUGUUGUCGCAUAUAUUUGUGGAUUCUUAAAGCAGGAAGAGUCGCACAUUUCCAGGAGAUAAAAGGAAAUGACCUUAUUUCUCGGGAGGGAUUAAGUCAGCAUUUGGAUGAGUUUUUCAAUUUCAGAAGUUUUGGCGUUUUACCAGAGGAGCUUUGCGAAGACCGAUCUUUACACAGUUUUCAACCAGAAUCCAAAACAAGCGAGGAAGACAACCAUGAAGUUUCGCGAUUUGGAAAUGAAAGUAAAGCCAGCCAAGGACCCAAAAUGAACCUCCCUAUCUGUUACAAACUUAUCAUCGCUCCUGUGGCGGCCUUACUUAAAGGCCCUGAAAUCAUCAUUGUUCCUGAUCGAGCUUUAUACCAAAUUCCAUUUGCCGCCUUAACUGAUGAAAGCGGAAAGUAUUUAUUGGAAUCUUUCAGGAUCCGCAUUGUUCCUUCUUUAACAACUCUCAAGCUCAUUGAUGAAAGUCCAGCCGACUAUCACUGUCAAACCGGUGCAUUGAUAGUGGGGAAUCCUGACGUUGGUGAGGUGCAUUUCAAAGGAUGGCUCACGAAAAUUUCGCGAUUACCUUGUGCAGAAAACGAAGCGAGGAUAGUAGGUGAAAAGCUGGGUGUGGAGCCUUUGCUAGGACGGCAAGCGACAAAGAAGGCAGUUCUUCAAGCGAUGAAAUCAGUGGCCCUGAUUCAUAUCGCCGCACACGGUGAUGCUGAAAGAGGAGAAAUUGCCCUCGCACCAUCUUUUCGUAUUCCUAAUGGAAUACCUCAAGAAGGACUCUACUUAUUAACAAUGACUGACAUUUCAAGAAUUCAACUACGAGCUAAACUGGUAGUCCUUAGCUGUUGCCACAGUGCUCGUGGACAGACCAAAGCCGAGGGAGCUGUUGGAAUUGCUCGAGCGUUCUUAGGAUCUGGCGCACGCUCAGUAUUGGUGGCUCUGUGGGCCCUGGAUGACAAAUCAACAGAGGAGUUAAUGACUCAUUUCUACGAUCACCUUGUUGCUGGGCAAAGUGCUGGUGAAUCUCUACAUGAGGCCAUGAAGUGGAUGGGAAGUAAUGGCUAUGACGUGAGCCAGUGGGCACCUUUUAUACUGAUUGGAGAUAACGUGACAUUUGAUUUUGGAAAAAAAGGUAAGAUUCGUUGAAAAAACGUGCUUUCUUAUUUCUGGCAAAGGGUUUCUGGUAUUUAGUGAAAAUUUUCCUUACAUGUUAUCGUUCAAGUUUAUAAAUGUAUUUUUGUAUUUUAACGUUUGUCGUUUGAUCUUGUGCGGCUGAUUUAAUUUAUUUUACUAGUUUUGUCGAUCAUGAGA